GAUGAAAGAGAAAAAGGCAGAAGUCGCGUAACCUGCAAGGAGGAUCUAAAUUCAUCUUUAUUCCUCCAAAAAUUUAAACGCAAGCAGUGAAAGUAGAAGAAUCCACUUCUGAAAAUUGCCCAACCGGGCGAGGCCGCGAGGCCACCAUUUAUGGAAUCGAAACUCUCUCUCUCUGCUCCAUUCUUCAUUCUUUAUUCCCUGUCAUCUUCCAUGGAAGUGAAACAUCCUUAAACAGACAUCUAUAUAAGUUCGACUACCUUGUUCUCUUCUCAAACUCAAACCCCACUCAACUUUCUAUCUCCCCAAUUCGAAUACCUAAUCCUAUACCUCGAAUCACUGCUUGCUGUGUUCUUCAAUGGCACCCGUAGAUCCCCAUUCCUUCACCGAUUCCUCUCACCCAUUUGCUACCCACGUCUCCCUUUCUCUCUAUUUUGAUUUCGACUCUUCCACCAUUCAUGGCUCCGCUCUUCUUAGCUUCCCAACCCCUCAUUCGGGCCCUAUUUAUCUCGACACACGAUCUCUCUCCAUUUCCUCCGUCAUCGACCCUGAAACCCUAGUUCCCCUUCCAUUCUCGCUGUCUUCCGUUGCUGAUCCAAUUAAAGGCCAAAACUUCACUGUCUUCCUUUCCAAUCAAUCUUCCUUCCUGGUUGCUUUCUCCACUAGCCCAUCUUCCUCGGCCCUUCAAUGGCUCUCUCCAGUGCAGACGUUCAACAAGACUUUCCCCUUCGUGUACACUCAGUGCCAAGCUAUUCAUGCCCGUUCUGUAUUCCCCUGUCAAGACACACCGGCUGCACGCCUUUGUUACACGGCCUGCCUCAAUGUGCCUAACCAGUUAACGGCUGUGAUGUCCGCACGGCACAUCGAACGCCGACCACCGGCCUCGGGUGAGGCUGCAAUGGUCUGCGACGAUGCGUUGUGGUGCGCCCAGGGCAGGAUGGUGGAGGAAUUCACGAUGGAGCAGCCUAUACCGCCCUACUUGUUUGCUUUUGCAGUAGGAGAGCUUGGGUUCAGAGACGUUGGCCCGAGAACAAGGGUCUACGCUGAGUCGGUGCCUGCGGUUCUGGACGCGGCUGCAAAAGAGUUUGCAGGGACGGAGGAUAUGAUUGAGCAGGGGGAGAAGUUGUUCGGGCCUUAUGAGUGGGAGAGGUUCGACCUACUCGUGUUGCCGCCGAGCUUUCCUUAUGGAGGCAUGGAGAAUCCAAGAAUGGUAUUUUUGACACCAACGGUAAUCAAAGGAGAUGCAAGUGGUGCACAGGUUGUGGCCCAUGAGCUUGCUCAUAGCUGGACUGGUAAUCUGAUCACUAACAAGACCAAUGAAGAUUUCUGGUUAAACGAGGGUUUUACAACAUAUGCGGAGCGAAGAAUUGUUGAGGUGGUGCAGGGGGAAGAGAAAGCUGCUCUGAAUACUGGUAUUGGUUGGAGGAAUUUAAAUGAAGAAAUGGAGAGAUUCAACGACAACAUGGAGUUCACAAAGCUCAAGACAAAGCAGGAAGGAGUGGACCCAGAUGAUAUUUAUUCUCGAAUUCCUUAUGAGAAGGGUUUCCAGUUCCUUUGGCGCAUUGAACGUCAGAUUGGAAGGCCGGCAUUUGACGAUUUCCUUAAGAAAUAUAUCGCCUCCUUUAAGUUCCAAUCCAUUGAUACGGAUAUGUUUCUCAAUUUCCUCAAAGCUAAUGUCCCUGGAAUAGAGACAGAGAUCGAUCUGGUCCUGUGGACCGAGGGAACUGGUAUCCCUCCAGAUGCCUUUGAACCUGUUUCAAACACUUACGCAAAAAUUGUGUCACUGGCAAAAGAGUUUAUUCAUGGGAGGAUGCUAAGGGACGAUGAAGUAUCUAACUGGCAUGGGCAGGAAUGGGAGCUUUACCUGGAAAAUUUACCAAAGUCUGUUGAAGCUUCACAGGUUGCAGCCUUGAAUGCACAUUACAAGCUAGCAGAAUCCAAAAAUUAUGACGUGAAGGUAGCAUUUCUCCAACUCUGCAUUUCAUCUGGUUGCAAAGAAUACUUCAGUGAGGUGGAGAAAACAUUGAAGGAGGUUGGGAGGAUGAAGUACCUUCGUCCACUCUAUACUGCGCUGGUAAAGGAUAGUGGAAAGGAAGAAGCAAAGAUAUUGGCCAAGAGAGUUUUUGGAGAAGCUCGUGAGUGUUACCACCCUAUAGCUCAAGGGGUUGUUGAGUCCAUCUUUUCAAAGCACAUGUAAGAUGAUCUAUGAUGAUACUCUGCUGUAAAUAGAACAAUAAAAGCACUUGCAGGAUGAUCUAUGAUAAUACUCUGCUGUAAAUAGAACAAUAAAUUAUGAGAGAAGUCUUAUCUUUCA